CGUCUAGUCAUUUGUUGAGCGUUUAGUAGCACACUCGUUGGCUGGCUGGACACAGCGCCACCAGCAAGCAAAUCGCGUAAAAAUCUUUUUACUUUACCAACUCGAAAUAUCAAUAUGUCAGCGCGUCCAAUUUUGUAUUAUGCGCUUUUCAGUCCCCCCGCCAGAGCGGCAUUGCUGACGUCCAAAUUAAUUGGACUAAAUGUGGAAUUGAAAGCUAUCAACUAUGCAACACAGGAACAUCAUAGCGAUUGGUUCUUAAAGGUAAAUCCACGUCAUACUGUGCCUGUACUAGUCGAUCAAGGCGCAGCUCUCUGCGACAGUCAUGCAAUUAUAACUUAUAUGGUCAAUCAAUAUGGACAGAGUCAACAUGAACAUUUGUACCCAAAAGACUUCCUUAAACGUGCUGUAGUUGAUGAGCGUCUCUAUUAUGAGGAUGGUGUACUUUUUCAAGUGAUUAAAGACUUUGUGGCACGCAUAUUGCAUGGGGAGGACAUAGAGUAUCACCGAAAAAGCAUUGAGCUCUCACAUAAUGCCUACAGUUUUCUUGAGGAAUUCCUGUCUCGGAGCAGCUACGUAGCCGGCGAGCAACUAAGUUUAGCAGAUAUUUCCAUUAACACUACAUUGAUUACACUUCAUAAGCUGGUGCCCAUAGAAGAAAGGCGAUACCCGAGAAUAUGCGCUUGGAUGCAACGAAUGCGUGACGAUUUGCCGGGAUAUGAAGAGAUCAAUGAGCAGGGUGCACAGCAACUUUAUCAGCGUUUUCAAAAUGCUUUGGAAAAUAAUAUGACGAAGCAUGCGUAACUAAGCGAACAGCUUUGUAACAAUGUCUUUUGUAAAUAUUGGUGUUAAAAGUUAGUUAAUGUUUUGUAUUAUAUUUUUGAUCAAUAGAAAUAUAAUUGAA